UAGAAACCCCCAAAUCAAACCUGUUCUCCUCUCAUCAUGAUCUAUAAUAUACAUCUUCUUCUCAUCUACAUGCAAUUCUUCUUCUUCUUCUCCUCAUCUACAAUUCUUCAUGAUUUGGGUCAGUUCAAAUGACAAAUCGUUCAACCUCUUAAAGUAAUUUUUAAUUUAGUUUUGAUAAAUUACUAAUUGGUACAUCGACAACUCUCUUAUUCAACCUCUCUCUUGUUCAACCUCAUAUUUCCUUACAACAGCUUCUUUAUCAAGUGUGUUCAAAUUUGGUCUCGGUUCUAAGGACAAGAGGCUCAGGGUCAAGGAACCUUUUUGAAUUCCCACAAAGCUUACAAACAUUACUAGGAAGUCUCCCUAUCGAGAAGGUUUGUAAAAAAAUGAACCAACAGUAGCCUACAAAAAAUAACACAAGAGUAAGGAAUAGGACAUUUAGUAAACCAGGAUCACUAUCAGCCAUGACAACAAAUGAAACUAUUCAAGCUAGAUGAUCGGAGAAAGAAAAUCUCCUAAAGUUAAUUGAACAAGAGUAGCCACCAGUAGCACCACCAGUACUACCAUCUAGAGAAAUUGCACAAUCUAUAGCGGAGUACCAAAUGGUAGAGAAGCAAAAUGCAGAAGAUGAUCAACCUGUACAACAUCAUGUCGAAACGACAGAUUCAGCCACUCCUACAAUAGCUAAAUAUUCUGAAACACAAGCGGCAGGGCCUUCAACUAGAAAAUCAAGACGCAAAACACAAAUGCACAAAGGUACACGAUCGGCAAGAGAAACAAUUGAUCAUAUUAAACAAUAACAACUAACCUGUUGGUCCUACAGAUGAAGCUGCAAUUGAGUUGAGCAGCUUCGUAGGCAUACUGGUGAGGAAAGUGACCCUUUGCCCAUUAGAUAUAUUUGAUUAGAGGCAUAUGGAUACUAAACAGGAGUUAUGGGAUUGUACCAAGGCUAAAUAUGAAAUUCCUAAUGCCGCAAAAGAUUGGGUUUUAGAAAGAAUCCGAGAAUCUUGGAGAAAGAAUAGAAGGGAGUUGAAGAGAGAUCAUUAUGAUCGAUGGGAAAAUGACGAAGUUCGAUUAUUGCAAAGGCCCAAAAAUGUGACGGAAUGUCAAUUUAUUGAGCUCCUCUUGUACUGGAAGUCUAAAAAAUUCCAGGCUCAAAUGGAGGAAAUUAAAACACAACAGGGUUCAAAUAAAUAUCCCAUUAAUGCAUUUUCAGCUGUCAUGGGUGCUAAAACAUCUGGGACGUGUAAGACUGCUUGGAGGGGGGUUACAAAGACUUCUUUGAAAAUAUUAAAUGAUGGAUCUAAAUCAUCUUUAAAUGGCACAAAUGAUGUUGUUCAACAAAUGGAAGAAAGGAUGCGAAAAAUGAGGAUCAGAUCGAGGAACAGAAGAGAACUAUUUGAAAAGAAGUUGUUGCAGAUGUAAUUGCUCAGCUUUAGAAUACAGGAAUAAUUUACCCUAAUAUACUGACUGCAUUGCCCAUUCCUUCAUCAUCGGAAUCAACUUCAAUAGUAGCAGCUACAGGGAGAAACAAUAAAGUUUAGUGUUUGAAAUUUUAAAUUAUACUCCUGUGAUUUUGGUGGCUGACAUGGUUUAUUAUUGUUGGACUGUAUUGGAUUGUUGUUUCUGGUUCAUAACUGUGUGCCGAGUUAUGUUUGGUGAUUAUGUAGGAUGUCCACUACUGUGUGUUAUUUUUCUCUUCCCUUUUUUCUUUUUUUAUUGGUUGCAUCUAUUGAUAUGAUGGCUAAACCUAUUAAUGUGAUGGUUGUAUCUCUUGAUCAUGUGAUAAUGUGUUACUUUUGCACUUGGCUGCAAAAGCAAUCCAUUGGCUUUCAAUAUUAUAGC